AUGGUACGCAGGCUAUCCUCCGAAGGAAAAUCGGGGCUAUCCAGCCAUGAGGACGCCUGUUGGACUUCCGAACAGAACACAUGCAACAAUGGUGAAAGCGUCUGCGCAGGAGACCAGCGAGAGGCGACCGGACGAUCGCCUUGCUCUACUCAGGAAGACGUGUUCCAGUUGCCAGCUGAGGUUUCAGAGGCAUCUGAGGGAGCCCCUGUGGAGCCACGCGACCCGAUUCUUUCUGGACCACAAGCAGCUCAAGCUAGUGGGAAUUGCUCUGCUGAUACUGCUAGCUCUACGCCUGCGUCGCUACCGUCUUACCGAUUGGAAUUCCAGGCGCCGUUUGUGGUCUCCGAAGAAAGUGCCUGGAGCCCCCCUUUCAUCCCAGAGAUCUCCUUUUCUGAAGUGCUAGAGUUGGUAUCGGCAGAUGCAGUGGAAGAAGUGCAUUACAGCUCUGGUUCUCGCUUGCUGUUGCUGCUGAAAGACAGAAGACAGUUUGCCUCCACAUUAGUGCCGGGGGCAGAUGCAUCGUUCUUCAGAGCUGUAGCAGCGCGUGUCCCCAGAUUUCGCUUUGUCAGAGCUGCCAGCGUCUCAGAAGCUGUUUCAUUUGUUUUCCCUGUGGUUUUGCUUUGUCUCUGGUGGCGCAUGCUGCGCUCCCUGAUAGAUUCCUCAAGGGGGAGCAAGGACACGGGGACAGACAGGGGCCUCGAGGUUUCUCCACCCCUCACUGCAUUCUCAGAUGUCGUGUCGCGUCAGAAGCAUGAGUUGCUCGAGGUGGUGUCUCUGCUGAACGGAGAAUGUCGAUACGCAGCAAUGGGGGCACGCUUGCCGAGGGGAGUGCUGCUGGUGGGCCCUUCCGGGACAGGCAAAACGUUACUGGCGAGGGCUGUCGCAGGGGAGGCGCGGGUUCCCUUUCUCUCUGCAGCAGCCUCCGAGUUUGUGGAGGUCUUUGUGGGACAAGGAGCUCGCAGGGUGAGGGAGGUGUUUCAGGCUGCGCGCCGCAGGGCUCCUUGUGUCUUGUUUAUAGAUGAGUUAGAUGCCCUAGGGAACCGACUGAGCCCUUGGGGAACCCUUUCUGGGCACGAGGAGUAUGUACAGACGGUGAAUCAGUUUCUUAUGGAAAUGGACGGAGUAUGUGGGGGCAGUCUUGGAGUUGUUGUUAUUGGUGCCACCAACAGACUGGAAGCGAUUGACCCUGCCCUGCUACGUUCUGGCCGAUUUGAUAGGCACAUUCAUCUGCAACUGCCUUCCGCCCAAGAGAGGCACGAAAUACUUAAGCUGCAUGCUAGGAGUAAGAAGCUCCGGCUGGUGCGGGAGGCUUGGGCUCAUCUCCAGCUGGUGGGGGAUGCAGCCGAGGGGCUGAGUGGUGCAGACCUCGAAAACCUCCUUAACGAGAGUAUCUUUCGGGCUGUUCGGAGGGGAAGAGAGGCAGUAGACCCUCAGGCACUUGAUGAGGCGUUACUUGCACUCUUGCAACGAGCAGAACGACAAAACAUUCCUUGUUCCUAA